AUGACAGGCUGUUCCAUUGAUCUCUGCUAUAUAGUUAUAGUUUUGGCUUCAGGUUUGUUGGUCAACGCGUUCCUGGGGGAUAUUUUCCGCGAGGGUCCACUGGUGAUUGCGGCGGGAUUGCUGGCAUCAGCGGGUCACCUGACAGCAUCGUUAGCCAAUAGUGCGGAGCUUAUAAUCUUCCCACUCGGCCUGUGUUCUGGUGCCGCCAUGACGAUCGGGCUGGGCGGAUGUAUUACCGCCCUCGGUCGCCAUUUUAAAACCCGUCUGCCUGUGGUAACGAGUCUAACCUUAGCUGGUUCAGCACUGGCGGGCUUCGUUCUACCGCCGUUGAUUCUGACUCUCUUGGAGAAAUACGGCAACCACGGAGCGCUCUUGAUCCUGAGCGGUUUAACCCUAAAUCUUGUCGUCACGGGAGCUUUACUGGGCACGAACGAGAGAGUUGGGACUUCUCAAAAGCAGGAGUUAGUGAAAAAAGAACCUGACCCACCAGUCUUCACCGUUCUACAGGCUCACGGAAGUUCAGCAAAAACUCAGGUGAAUUUCGGUGACUUGAAAGACAAUGGCGCCACUCAGAGCACAAGCAGAAGGAGAGCGCCGAAGAGGAGCGGAAUCAGGGCGUUUCUGCUGAAGAAACGCCGCGGGAGAGAAACGAUUAGCCACAAGCAGAUUUUAAACGUGGCUCUCUGCAAGUCCCCUCUCUUUGUCAUCUACCAGUUCUUCACUUUGUUGGCUGUUAUGUCGUGUAACGUUUCCCAACAGUACCUGGCUGCGAAUGCCGAGGAUGUCGGUUUCACGAACGUCCAAGCUGCAUACCUGCUGUCAAUCAUCGGAGCUUGUGAUCUGAUUGGUCGCGUCGCCUUUGGUGUCCUCUGCCACCUGGGUUGGUUUGAACGUUACAAAAUCUUCAUGGUGUCCCAGCUGGUGCUUGGGACGGCCAUGAUUGUGACACCGUUCAUCCAAACAGUGGAACUCCAGGGUAUAUUCUGCGCUGUCGUCGGUCUCCAGAUAGGCGUUUUCUACCCAGCAAUUCCCGUCACACUCGACGACUUUUUCGGCCGGCAAAAUCUCUACAAAUCCAUAGGCAUCAACCAGUGUGUCCAAGGAAUUGGAUCCUUGAUCGCUUCAUUUUAUACAGGGUACCUGCGGGACUUAACCGGCUCCUACACUCUCGCAUUCGUCGUGUCAGGGUCCUCGUCUGUUUUGGCCAGCGCUGUGCUGUCAGGAGUAGCACUGACUCGGAGGGCAACACACAGAAAGACAAUGGAUAUAACCGUCACGGGCUCCAGAGAAUUGGUCUCGCAGAGCCUCGUAUUAUCUCGUGUUACCUGGCGUCCAGAGAGCAGCCAUGUCACGGACCAGAAAAAAAUAUCAGGAUACAUCAAUGACAUACAAUUUACACAACUGCAUGAACUUUGA